AUGGUUAAAAACUUGAACCAACAAAAACAAUUAGGCCCAUUAAUUUAUGGAAGCCCAACACUGGACGCGGCCUUUUGGCUUCUCCAAGUCGUCACCGGAGAGAAUGGUGGCCAUCUUCAAACUUUCAUUUUCAAUAGACUCCGUCUGUCUCCUCUUUCUCCUAAACCAACCAAACCUUCUCAUCGUUCCUCUUCAGAAUCAGCCAUGGAGGAUGAGAUUGAUCUGAAAACUGCUCCUGCUGAUUUCCGCUUCCCUACAACAAACCAGACAAGACACUGCUUCACCCGUUACAUUGAGUUCCACAGGUGCACAACUGCAAAGGGUGAGGACUCUGUUGAUUGCGAGAGGUUCGCCAAGUACUACCGCGCUCUCUGCCCUGGAGAAUGGGUUGACAAGUGGAAUGAGCAGAGGGAGACCGGGACUUUCCCUGGCCCUCUCUGAUCCAAUCAAGAAGCUCUACUUAUCAUGUUUUGUUUGAGGCCAGAAGGCCGUGUGGAUGAUCAUUUCAAUCCAACUCUAUCUUUUUGUUUAUCUUUUUACUUUGUUUGAUCAAAUAAAAUAAACUGCAAGACAUUCUUUUGGGGACCUAGAUACUCCCAUUUAAAUUCUUGUGGAUAGUUUGUCAUUUCCAACAAUUUGAGGGUGCAAUAUGCAAAUUGUCUACCUGUCA